GAUUGAACGAGUCGGAGAGUCGUGGGACGCGGCUCGCUGGCUGGCACUGACUGUCCGAGUGUCCACGAGAUGCGUCUGCCACUGGGCGUGCUGCUGAUGGCGGCCGCCGCCCUGGCGGGGCCGCUGCCCCGCCAAGGGCCCGAGGUGCCCUUCCAGUUCAAGCACCACGACAACAAGGAGAUGCUCGACCUGCUGCAGCAGGUGCACAAACGCUGUCCAGGCAUCACCAGGGUGUACAACCUGUCCGAGACGUCCGUGCGCGGCGUCCCGCUCUCCGUCAUCGAGUUCAGCACGCACCCCGGACUGCACAAACUGAGGGAGCCGGAAUUCAAGUACAUCGCCAACAUGCACGGCAAUGAAGUGCUCGGCAGGGAGUUGCUGCUCAAGUUGGCGCACUACCUCUGCGAGCAGUACCUGUCAGGCGACCAGAGCAUCCAGAAACUGGUCAACCUGACCCGCAUCCACUUGAUGCCCAGCAUGAACCCCGAUGGCUGGCAGCUGGCCACGGAAACGGGCGCCAAAGACUACCUCACUGGACGAACGAACAACCGCAGCGUGGAUCUGAACAGGAACUUCCCGGACCUGGACAGAAUCAUGUUCAGCAACGAGGAGCACCACAUUGAGCACAACAAUCACCUUCUCAAGCAGCUUGAUAGACUUACAGAGCCGAUGCAACCUGAAACUAUGGCAGUUAUGAAGAUGAUCAUGAGCACCCCAUUCGUUCUCUCCGCGAACAUGCACGGUGGUGACCUUGUAGCGAACUACCCUUACGACGCCAGCAGGAGUGGAUCCAUGUCCGAGUACACGACCAGUCCCGAUGAUCAAACUUUCAAGCACUUGGCGUUGGCUUACUCGGAAAACCACGCAACCAUGAGCAAUCCAAAAAGGUCUGGCUGUGGCUAUGAUGGCUACAACUUUGGCAAGCAAAAGGGUAUCACCAACGGCGCUGCUUGGUACAGCGUCCAAGGAGGCAUGCAGGAUUUUAACUAUUUAUCUUCAAACGAUUUUGAAAUUACACUGGAGCUGGGCUGUGACAAAUACCCCAAAGCAGAGGAGCUUGAGAAGGAGUGGGAAAAUAACAAGGAUGCGCUUCUGCACUACAUCUGGCAGGCCCAUAUUGGGGUAAAGGGUGUCGUGCGUGAUGCUAAAACUAGAAGGCCGAUUUCCAACGCCUUCAUUCACGUCCGAAACCUCACUGACGGCUGCGAGAAAAAUUGUGAAAUCAAUCAUGACAUCACUUCUGUGCACGGAGGAGACUACUGGCGCCUGCUGACUCCCGGCGUGUAUGAAAUCACAGCAAGCGCGGAAGGCUACGAACCGGUCACCCAGCAAGCCGCGGUCACUCUAACACCGGAAUCUGAGGCGCAGAAAUUGGACUUCUGGCUUGGCCAACCUGAGUUUGACGAACCUGAGUACGAUUCUGCAGCGGCAUUGUAUUCUCGGCAGGCAGACUUGCCGGACGCUCUGGAUAAUAGGAUGGACAAGCUCCGCAAGAGAUGGUUCUUCGGCUUCUACCCUCACCCUGCUCCAAUAUAGACAAAUCAGUUGAAAUCUGGAAUUAAUUUAUUUCGGUUGUUUGGUUAAGUCAAUAAUUUUUCUUAUGAUCAACUCUUCUCAUUAAAAAAAAAAAACAUUUUAUAUCUUCGACUGUUAUUUAUUUUUACAUUAUUUAAAUUUUAUGUUACAAAACAAAAUGUCUUCUCACAAUAAAUAAUAGCGAAUCAUAUAUAUGGAUA